AUGCCGACAGCACUCAUCACUGGCGCCACGGGCAUCACAGGCCGGGCUACCGUGCAACAACUUCUCAAAUCUGACCAAUGGACCAAGAUUAUUACCCUUUCCCGAAGCCAGAAAUCAUCCCACGAUGAUCCCAAGAUCCAACAUGCAACAAUUGACCUCCAAGGCGACACGAAAGACAUGGUGUCUCAUCUGAAGGAGGUGGGCGAGGUCGACUAUGUCUUUUUUUGCGCGUACCUAGCCGACCCUGAUGAAGGGAAGGCACUUGAGAUCAAUGGAACCAUGCUCAAGAACUUCAUCGGCGCCUUGCGAGACCUGGGAUACUUGAAGCACCUGAAGCGAUUCAUUCUUGUGAAUGGGCUGAAGCAGUAUGGCGUGCACCUAGGCGUACCCAAGAUGCCAAUGGUUGAGACAGAUACCUGGCUUGAAGGCAACCCCUGGCCACCCAACUUCUACUACGAGCAACAACGGAUCUUGUCCGCCGCCGCCGCAGCAGACGCGAACUUGUGGACUUGGGCGGUCACGUACCCUCAAGAUGUGAUUGGGGUCGCCCAAGCUAAUUUUAUGAACUUGGCAACUGCCCUGGGAUUGUACGCCAGCGUGUACUCGUCGGUGUCAGAGGACCACGAACUCGCGUUUCCCGGCUGCAAAGAGAACUAUAUGGCGUUCAACAAUUGGACCUCCGCGAAGCUUCACGCAGAAUUCGUUGAAUGGGCUGCAUUGGAACCCAAAGCCGGUAACCAAACUUUCAACGUGGUGAACGGUGACACCGAAAGCUGGCAGAACUUAUGGCCAAGAUUAGCUGAACGAUACGGUGCCAAGGUCCCCAAGAACAUGUUUCCCAAGGAGGGCAAGUACAAGGACUUCGAAUCCUCGCACGUCGACAUGCCGACGCCACCACCGCUCUGGUAUCAUGCGGAGAAAAUUGGUCUGGACCCGGAGGAAAUCAAGAAUGACCACAGCUGGCUGCACCAGCAGAUCGAUAUAGCCAAGUGGGCAGAGAGACCGGAAGUCGUGAAGAAAUGGGAGGAGCUGCGAGACAAGUUCGGCUUGGACCAGAAGACAUGGGAUAAUGCGACCUGGGUGUUUAUCAGCUUCUUGCUGGGCAGGAACUAUUCUUGUGUGACUAGUAUGAGCAAAGCCAGAGGGAUGGGAUGGAAGGGUUAUCAGGAUACUUGGACGGCAUUUGAUGAGACCCUGACCGAAUUGGAAGAGCAAGGCAUCUUGCCAAAAGCGAGUGAACUCAGGAAGUAG